GGAAGAGACACAGAGAGGACAGAGGACACAUGUCCAUCAGCUGGAGACGUCACUGAACAGAAGCUAUUAAAGAACCAAACCCAGAAUUUACCUGUCCCCUCACCUGUCCUCAGCAGCGCUCAGUGCGCAUGCGCCUGUCCUCAGCAUGGCAGCAGCAGAAUCGGACUCUCCUCUCUACCUGGGCCUGGACUUCAGCACCCAGCAGCUGAAGGCGGUGGCCAUCGAUGGAGCCCUGGGCCCGGUCCAUCAGGACAGCGUGCAGUUCGACUCUGAGCUACCUGAGUUCAGGACUCAGGGAGGAGUUCACAUCCAUCCUGACAGACUGACGGUCACCUCACCUGUGCUCAUGUGGGUCAAGGCUCUGGACCUGCUGCUGGACAGGAUGAAGGCGGCGGGAUUCGGGUUCUCCCGGGUCCGGGCGCUGUCUGGUUCUGGCCAGCAACAUGGCGCCGUGUUCUGGAGGACUGGAGCGGCUCGGACUCUGGCCCAGCUGGACCCGGGUCAGAACCUGCACCAGCAGCUGAAGGACAGCUUUUCGGUGCAGGACAGUCCGGUGUGGAUGGACUCCAGCAGCGGGCCGCAGUGUGACGCCCUGCAGGAGGCAGCAGGGGGCGCCACGAGGCUGGCAGACAUCACUGGAUCCCGAGCCUACGAGCGCUUCACAGGAAACCAGAUCUCCAAAGUGCGGCAGACCCGACCGGACCAGUUCCAGGACACUGAGAGGAUCUCAUUGGUCAGCAGCUUUGGGGCGUCUCUCUUCUUGGGUCGCUACGCUGCCAUCGACUACAGCGAUGGUUCUGGGAUGAAUCUGUUGGACAUCCGGGACAGGAAGUGGUCUCAGGUCUGCCUGGACGCCACGGCAACCAACCUGGAGCGCCUGCUGGGAGAGCCGUGUCUGUCCACCGCCGUCCUGGGCCCGGUCUCGUCCUUCCUGCAGCGUCGCUACGGUUUCUCUGGGAGCUGCAGCGUAGUGGCGUUCACUGGAGACAACCCAGCGUCUCUGGCAGGAAUGUGUCUCCAUCAGGGGGACAUCGCGGUCAGUCUGGGGACGAGCGACACGCUCUUCCUGUCCCUCGCUGAGCCGCGUCCGUCCCUGGAGGGACACGUCUUCUGCAGCCCGGUGGAGCCGGACGGCUUCAUGGCUCUGCUCUGCUUUAAGAACGGUUCUCUGACCCGGGAACGAGUCCGGGACCGCUGCUGCUCCGGGUCUUGGGACGUUUUCUCCCAGGCGCUGGAUGGGACGCCGCUGGGGAACCACGGCAACAUCGGCUUUUAUUUUGACACCAUGGAGAUCACGCCUCCCGCCGUCGGUCUGCAUCACUUCGAUGCCAACGACCGCCAGGUCAGGCAGGAAGCCCCGCCCCCUGCUGUCCCUCACCUGUCCCCCUGUCGCCAGGUGUCCUCCUGGAGUCCAGAACUGGAGGUCCGGGCUCUGGUGGAGGGACAGUUUCUGUCCCGCCGGCUCCAUGCUGAGAGACUCGGAUACUCCAUCGGGUCUGCCAGUCGGGUUCUGGCCACCGGCGGCGCUUCGGCCAACAGGCAGAUCCUGCAGGUUCUGUCCGACGUCUUCAACGCUCCGGUUUACACCAUUGACCUGUCGGACUCCGCCUGCUUAGGCUCCGCCUACCGAGCCCUCCAUGGUUUAGUGGCCGAUUCUGGAGUUUCCUUCCUGGACCUGCUGAGCAACGCUCCAGAACCUCAGCAGGUGUGCCGCCCGCACCGCACCGCUCCGCAGGUUUACGACCCGAUGUUGAGGCGCUACGCUGAGCUGGAGCAGAAGGUUCUGGACAAGAGCCGCACCUGAGACCGGCCGGCCAAUCAGGAGGCUGCGUUUUACCUCCUGGUUACCAUGGUGACUGGUUCUGCUCUCUGAUUGGACGGAUCCGAUGGUUCUGGAUCCUCUGGAGGGAAACGGGUCAAACUGAUUUCUGUCAUUUCUACUUUCUAAUAAUAAAAUCAGAUUGAAAACAA